UUCUGCACGAUCUUCAGUGUUGCUGCUAUAUAACUCUUCUUUUGUUUUUUCUCUUGCAGAUGACCCUCAGAGUCUUCCGCUGGGCAGAUAUCGAUUGACAGCAGCUUUUAUUAAUUCAAUUGGCGUGAUUUCUAGUUAUGAAUUCACGAAGAUUCGUCUAAUCUACAGAACUUUUGAACAAGAAUCUCAAGGCGUUGAGUUUUGAGACAACCACAAUAUCAAAUCAUCAGACGUUCAAAUCUUGGGAAAAUACGUUUUGGAGCUACUGCCCUAAAUGUGAAAUUGAAAACAAGGAGAAAGAAUCCCAGUGGAAAGGUGAUAAGCUUUUUGGUCGGCAUAGCGCUGAAAACACAAAGAUAUUUAGUGAUUUUCAAUAACUGUAGGACAACUCUGAAGAAAACCGACCGAGACCAAAAAAUUCAAGUUGGACUCCUCAACCUUUACGAAAGAAAACAUCAAUUUUGGGAUCCUAUUCAACAUUAAAUUCUUCCUUACAGUUUAAGGAACACAACUUCGUGCGCUUCAGUUUUUCUUCUCUCAUCAAUAUCUCGCAACUAAUGAUCUGUUUUUAAAUAUUACGACGCCAAGAAUAUUGGCUCGAAGUUCAAAUUUGUGUCGCUUUUGUUCCGUAUCUAACGUUACUGUCUUUUAUGACGACUAAUUUGGAACGAUAAUCCUGUUGUCAUAGAAACCGAUUGACCAAGCUCAGAAGGCUAUAUCGACUGCUUGUGUAAUAGGUACGUGCGUGAGAAGAUGGAGAAUAUGGCUGAACUCGUCGUUAUGACUAUCAUAAUGAUUUCAAUUGCUUUGGCUGCCAUUGGCGGGAACUUGUUAGUCAUAGUUGCCGUGCUCUGGAACAAACGCAUCCGCACAGUCCCGAAUUUUCUCUUUAUAAAUCUAGCCGUGGCCGACUUCUUUCAAGGACUCGUCUCCAUUCCCCUUAGACUCACGGAACAACUAAACCACAGCGAUAUCAAGCCUCUUGUUCCAUGUUUAGUGGUAAUACCGCUGACCAUAUUGUUCUACAGCGCGAGUAAUAUAAACUUGACGGUCAUCAGCCUGGAUCGUUUUGUGGCGUUGUACAAACCAAUGCAUUAUAAGAACAUUGUUACCCCUUGUAAAGUUAUAACGACGGUGUUAAUUUCUUGGAUCAUAGCACUGGUAUUGGCGCUCCUCCCCAUCAUGGGGUGGGGACCUAAGAAUGACAUUGACUUGAUUGACAUCUGUCUAUUUUCAACCACACUCACAAAGGAAUAUUUAUUCAUGUUAUUCACGGUGAUCAAUUUCGUAGUACUUGUCAUCCUCGGCAUCACGAACAUUUAUAUCUUAAGGACGGCGCGAAAACAAAUCCGGCGGAUACACGUGGUGACAAACGUUCGCGUGCUCGAUCAGAACACAGACUCCAUGUCGACUAUGAACCAAACGGCCGAGACUACCGGCCCAACCGGGUCUAAGCGAAGCGGGAUUUCUUCAUUUGCUUCCUUUAGACGCAGAGCACAUGCCAACGCGACUCGCUUUUCAGGCCGUCGUGAACGAAAAGCCACCAAAGUAGUGCUGAUAAUUGUGGGUUUGUUUAUCAUUCUGACCGUGCCUAUUACUGUGAUUGACAUAUUAGGCGUAUUUGACGUCGAUGUUGACGUUCCUCUACUGUUGAUUAAGAUUACUGCCUGCAUGGCUUACUCCAACGCAUGUUUGAACGUGUUUAUUUACGCGGGGUACAACAAGGACAUGAGGGAUACACUUACAAUGAUGUACUUGAGACUCAAAUGUUUUUUACGCAGACAAUGACUGUCAUUUAUAGAAACAAAUUACUUUAAUUUCUACCUUGACCUUAACAGAAUCGGGAUGAUGGAACGGUCCCGCAGGUUAUAGAAACAUUCUGCGCAUGUUAUGGAAUCAUCGCGUGGCCCAGGGAGAGAUCUCUGGGGUAAACUCUUCCUGGUCACAAUGAUACUUAUGAUUUCUUUUUCCACUUUUCCAUUUAUUCAUCGAAUAACUGAUACUUAUGAUUGGAAUCAUGGUCAUUACAAUCCCGCAACUUAAAAAUGGACGCCGCAUUUGUAACUGGAUCAUAUCAUGAGGUCCAAGGAAAGAUCUCUGAGGCAAACCAUUCCCUCAUAACAAUUGCUAAUGUUGGUUAUUCCAUUGGCACAAUCCCGCGAGUUAUGAAAACAUAUCGCGCAUGUCAUGGAAUCAUUACGCGGUCCGAGGAAAUAUCUCUGGGGUAAACUCUUCCCUGGUCACAAUUACUAGCGACCAUUUUAUAACAGUUAUUAUUCAUUAUGGCUAGACAAUCCCGCAAAAUACAAGGUCGACAAUCCCGGGGGUUAAUAAACAACCUCCCACCUCGUUUGUUAAUCAAAUUUAUUUCAUAAUGAAGAAUAUACAGAAUAUAAAUAUUAUCGAGUUAACUAUUUCUUAUUUAAUGCAAAAAUGUAAUCUAAUUGCUAUUUAACAGUAAAUAACGUUUUAAUGUACAGACCAAGAGGAAUACGAAAAAUAGAAACUCGCUUAACAUAUCAAAAGUUAAAGCAAACAAACAAACAAACAAACAAACAA